AUGGAGACUGUCAAGAACGCCGCCAACUACGUUUCCGAGUCCAUUCAGGGAACUGGAGCUCAGGCUUCCAAGGAGGCCAACAAGCAGGUCGCUAAGGACGACGACGCCAAGCUCAGCACCCGUGCCUCCGCUGCCAAGGAUGCUAUUGUCGACAAGAAGGACGAGAAGUCCCACGAUAUCAAGGCCGAUGUGAACAAGGAGCAGGCUAAGCACUAA